ACUAGGAGGCCACUACAAAUAACAGAGAAGUCAAGCACGGCGAGAGUGAAGAAACACUAACUUCUCUGAGCAAGACACGGGAGUUCACGCGCUCGGCCAAAGUAGAGCUUUCUGCUUUGGAUAUUACAAAAAGUUCUCAUCUCCCAAAAGAGAGUCAAAGCUUUAACUCUUUCGCUGCACACUGCGUGGGAUUCCCAGCAGCUGGAGGUUUGUGUGAAGCGCCAUGGUCACCCACAGCAAGUUUGACAACGCAAUGAGCAGCAGCCUGUUUGACGCAAGCAUGCGGCUGCCGUCUCACCGUUACAAGACCUUCAGCUCCAAGCUGCAGUUCCAGAUGGUGCAGCACGCCGUGAGGAUGCUCCAGGAGAGCGGCUUCUACUGGGGCUCCAUCAGCGGCAAAGAGGCCAAUCACCUGCUCAACUCAGAACCCAGCGGGACCUUUUUGGUUCGGGACAGCUCGGACAACCGGCACUUCUUCACGCUGAGCGUCAAGACCGAAUCGGGCACCAAGAACCUGCGGGUCCAGUGCGACAAUAAAUCUUUCUUCCUUCAGACGGACUCCAAGAGCAUGCAGUCCGUUCCUCGCUUCGACUGCGUGCUGAAGCUCGUCCAUCACUACAUGCCCUCGUCCAAAAGCUCUCUGUCCUUCGGGAACUCCAGGAACUCGUACUACAUCUACACGGGGGGCGAGAAGAUCCCUCUGGAGCUGCUGAGACCCCUUCCUUGCACAAUGUCCUCCCUGCAGCAUCUCUGCAGGAAGACCGUCAAUGGACAUAUAGACGUUUCCAGCAAAAGAGAGCAGCUGCCUCAACAGCUGAAGGACUUCUUGCAAGAGUACGAUGCUCCCAUUUAAAGGGCUUUGGUUAGUGAAGCAACAAAGCUAGCUUUUUUUGUUUUGGACCGAGAAGUAUUGAGCUGAGUACGAGGAGUUUGCCAGUACUAUCACUGAUGCAUUCUUAUGUGACUGAUUUUGAAGCAGCAUUCUUGCCGUAACGGUCUCGAUGAAUGGACGUUUGUACCGUUUUCUGGACCAGUGCCAGUAUCGUAGCCCGCUGCUUGGGCGCCAAUCACUGCCUCUGCACUGCCCCGAAUCUGUGAGCUCCGCCAAGCAGCGAGACAGCGAGCCAUUUAGCAGAAAUCAGCCGCCGCCUUCUUCCAAGUAAAUAUUUGUGCCUUUCAAGGGGAAAAAGGAAGAAGCGAGCAACAAGCCCAGCACUGAGGCAUACCACUGAAAAAUUAAUUCUGGAGUCAAAGAAGGACUAAACACAGAUUGAAAUGGACACGUGUCGGUAUUCUGCUUGUACUUGAAAAAGCCACAGUUUGGAACAAAACGUCUUUCUUUUUUUUUAGCGGUUCGUGUCAGGAGCAGCUCAAAGCAGACUGCUCGUCAUUGAAUGUAUUAACACGCAUGAGUGUUUUGUGUCUACAGAUCACCCAUGUUUUACCUUGAUGCUGUUUACAUUAAUGAAUACGAAUUUAGAUCGGUUAUCUUUUAUAAAGACAUCUCAACCAUGUUUUGAUGUUACGUAUUUAUAUUUAUAAAAGCAAGAAAACAUUUCAGUAAUUUAUUAAAGAGGACUAUUUUUUCUAAAAAUGAA